AUGUUCCAGCUUCAGAGCACUUUCGUGUGCCUUCCUUUUCUCCUCGCCACUGCACUGGCCUCCCCUUUCCCCAAAGAGAAUGUUGAGCGUGCCAGCUGUGCGUAUACCUGUGGCAGCCACUGCUACACCUCCAGUGCGGUGAAUGCGGCGCAGGCAGAAGGCUACUCGCUGUACAAGUCCGGCGAAACUCUCAACGAGUAUCCACACGUCUACCACGACUAUGAAGGCUUCGACUUUAGUGUCGCGGGCACCUACUAUGAGUUCCCGAUCUUGAGCGAUGGCGAUGUGUAUGACGGGGGAUCUCCUGGGGCCGAUCGGGUUAUCUUGAACACGGCGGACACGUUGGCGGGUCUGAUCACUCACUCUGGAGCCAGCAGUAGCAGCGGCUUUGUUGAAUGUACUUAG